UGGACCAGCAGAUUUACCCCUACAGGCAACAGCAAGCCUCCAGCAUCUCAUUCCCCUCCUCACUUCCAUUUGUCCACGAUACAGCAUGCAACAGCUACAGAUUCUAGGACUCCUGAGCAUUUUUCUGCUGGUCUUGGACCCCAGCCAGUGCAAUCCAAUCACGGCCCAGUGUGUGGAGCACACUUACUGCUCCUCCACGCUGAAAGAGUACCACACACAGCUCAUCAACCUGCCCAGCAGGAUCAACGAACGCAGCGUCGCCGCAUGGAGCUACGUGGAGAACCUCGACCUGGACCGUGUGCCACAGAUCAUCUAUGAAGCAAACUGCCUGAACAGUCAUUCCUGUAAGGGGGUCGACAGCUCUUUCAGUCUGGAGAGCAUCCCCAUUGCUAUCAAAAUGCCCUUUCUCAGGAAAAACCCACGAUGCCCAACUUACGCACUGGAAUUCGAGGAUGUCAACAUCGCCUGUAUAUGUGCAACAUCCAGACAGAAUUAGAGCUGUGGGUCUGAAAAUUCAUGCACUAGAUUCCUUUUCAAUUAUUAUAAUUGUGUAAUUUAAAUUGAAUGUCAACCACAAAGAAGUCUACUGAAUAAUAAUGCUUAUUAUCUUAAACACCACCACAACGCAUGUACUGCAAUAUAGAUGUCUUAAGUUGCCGAAUGCUUGUAAACGUGAAUAAAUAAAUUGUAUUUAUUUGUUUUGCAAUAAAAACUUGCACUA